AUGGAGGAUCCACUCUAUCCUGGGUCUUCUAUUUUGGAACAGCAGCAAGCGCAAAUAAUCAGUGCAUUGAUUCCAUGCUUUGGUUCUGAUAGUGAUUCUACCGUCAUGGUUAACGCUAUCAAUGUCUCUUCGAAGUUCGUAAAUCUUCCAAGAAUCAAGUUUUACUCAAAGCAAAGAAUCCUCAAUACCUUAGCAUUUUUAUUGGAAGAGAUUGCGUCGCACAAGUUCCUCAAGUUUGUUUCGUUGGAGGACAUGGCAGAAUACGGAAGAAAAGCUGUACAAUUAGCGAUCUUGAAUUGUUGGGCUGUGCUCAAAAUCAAUUUAGAGGAACUGGAAACAGAGCCUGAACCCGAAUUUCAGCAGAUUCUUGACAAGUAUUCAACACUCCUUUCGUCGUUGUGGAUCUUGGCCCUUAAAGACUUAUCAACUAUAAAGUACAGUCAACCUAACUUAAAGGAAAUUAAACUAUACUCUACAUAUUGGCUAAACUUUGUGGGAGUCUUAAGUUUGGAAUUGGAGAAAAACCAUUCGACAAUGUCGGACUUCUUGAAAGAAGAGGAAGCUGAUUUCUUUUUUGUCUUAUUUUGCCAAUGUGCUGAGUCACUCAUCAAGAACCAAAGCGUGUCUCAAGUACUACCUUCGGUUAACAGGUUGCUUCAAGUUAGAGAGCUUGUUAAUGCGCUUUUCGAUGACGAAAUCUUCGGCGAGGUGAUUGAUUUAUUGGAUCGCCUAGUCCUCAUGGAGGAAGAUACGUCGGUGAAAUGCGAGGUUUUGGAUGUGGUGAAGACAUUGUUCACUUCAUUUCUCUCUAUAAAUGACACAUUGCAGGAAAAUGAAAAAUCAAAGUUACUUGAAUUAAUGAGAGUUGCUAUGCUACCAUUGUUCGAAGCAUUCCCUUUCUUGAACCAAGAUUUCAAUGUCGAGGAAGCGCAACAACAAUCUGAACUCUCACAGUACAAGAGUCCCUCGAAUUUUAUUUUAUUAAAGAAGCUGUUGUCGGUUUCCGUUUCUAUGGUCGAGGCAUUUAAAGACCAUACAGAAAAGGAAGCGUUGUUUUCGUGUCUAUUGUACAUUUUUGCCAAAUUUUACGAGCAUGGAGACGACAUUUUAGUUGGAAUGAUUCUUCCAUUUUUAAAGAUCGUCAUAAGUGACUCUUUCGCCUUAUCAGGGCUGAAGUUGCCUGUGCUGUUUUAUAAUGUGUUAAGACAAAGUGGGAACUUUCAACCAGGUGAUUCAAAAGUCAACCAUAUCAUCACAAUGAUGAUUCUCCUCACUUCUGGUAGCGUUGAGUUGGAUACGGAAGAAGUCGACUUGUUUUCUGCAUCUUUGGUUCUGUCAGUAGCAAAUCCAGAGACUGCACCCACAGCCAUACACUCAAUCAAGUCUUUGAUCAAAAACUUGCUGCCCUCAGCGUCUGGCUCAACCCGAAUAAUCAGAAGCAUAGUGAAAAUUCUUUUGAAGGACUUGCUUUUGGAAGAGGAACCUAAAAUUGAUCAGAAACUAGCAUUAGAGAUUGUGUUUUUGGUUUCGCAGUCUGCUGCUGUGGAUACGGUAGACAAGAGAAUCUCGAUGUACGCUGUCCUUUUGCCUCUUAUUGUCAAAUUCGAUGAGCUGGGCAGCAUCGAUAGACAAUAUCUACACGACAAAGUGUUUGCAUUGCUUAACAGCGAUCCCAACGCCUUCAAAGCAGUGGUCAAUGAACAUCUUAGCGAAGAGCACAAGCGUGCCGCUGAAGCUUUGGUGAAAUUCAAACAGAAUGCAAGCUCCACCCUUGAUCCCGAGGAAGACGGGAUUGCAUUAAAAACCUUCUCCUAG